UUUCUUGUGUUACUAACAAAUCUCAUUUUGGUUAUUUAUUCAAGGCUCCGUUUCUUUCUCUCUUUUUCACUUCCACCCCUCUUCUUUUUUUAUCAUCUUGUAAUGACAAAGCUCUCACAUUCCUCACACAAGAACAGCAUUGCUAGUUCCCCCAUUGCUAAGGGUACUAGCACCGCUGCUAAGACGAAACGGACUCGAAAAAGUGUGCCACGGGACUCUCCACCGCAACGUAGCUCGAUAUAUAGGGGUGUCACAAGGCACCGGUGGACAGGGCGAUAUGAGGCUCAUUUGUGGGAUAAGAACUGCUGGAAUGAAGCACAGAGCAAGAAAGGCAGACAAGUUUAUCUAGGGGCUUACGACGAUGAAGCAGCAGCAGCUCAUGCAUACGACUUAGCAGCAUUGAAGUACUGGGGACAAGAAACCACCCUCAAUUUCCCUCUAUCAACUUAUGAAGAAGAAGUAAAAGAAAUGGAUGGACAAUCGAAGGAAGAGUACAUUGGAUCACUGAGAAGAAAGAGCAGUGGCUUCUCCCGUGGAGUCUCCAAGUACAGAGGCGUAGCAAGGCACCACCAUAACGGCAAAUGGGAAGCUCGUAUCGGCCGUGUCUUCGGCAACAAGUACCUAUACCUCGGAACUUACGCCACUCAAGAAGAGGCGGCAACCGCAUACGACAUGGCAGCUAUCGAGUACCGCGGACUCAACGCCGUCACCAAUUUCGACCUCAGCCGUUACAUAAAAUCGCUAAAACCGAACCGAACCAACGACAUUACCGACCCUAACAACACUCACCAAAUGCAAAAAAAUUAUAACACCGAAAUCAUCCCCGUGCAAUAUCCUAGCCAAAAUCCAGGGAUCAAUUUCCUCUGCAACCAACACCAAGAAGAAAAUUCCAGCUCCGCAGAAACAAAAAAUGUACUUUCACAACCUGAUCACGGCUCGACAGCAUCUUCUGCAUUAGGCCUUCUGUUGCAAUCCACAAAAUUUAAAGAAAUGUUGGAGAGAACUUCGACGGUUGAUUGUCCUUCGACGCCAUCGGACUCCGAGCCUCCUCGCGGGAGCUUCCCGGAUGACAUUCAGACGUAUUUUGCAAGCCAUGACUCUGGUGCUCAUUAUGGUGACGGCGAAGAUGUUAUAUUUGGCGACUUGCAUUCGUUUGCAUCACCUAUGUUCCAGUGUGGACUGGAUGCAUAGUAUUCAAUCAACAUUUCAGAUUAAAUUGCAACUCUUUUCUGCUAAAUUAUGGGAAUUUUUUUGUUAUUAUUUUGUUUAUUUACUUGUAAUUACAGAUGAAUAUAGUCGUAGAGAUAUUCAUUUAUCUAAUUCCAUUUCAUAAUGAAUUAACAGUUGCUAUGUCAGUGCUGCUUCUAUAUUUCUUAUUUG